GUCUUCAAAGCAUUCCUUUACAAAACAUCUAUCUUUCUUCAUAGUAUCGACAUGGCUUGCGAAAACAAUCUCGUUGUAAAGCAAAUUAUCGACUUAUACAGCCAAAUCUCAAACCUAGAGAGUUUAAAACCAUCCAAGAGUGUCGACACUUUGUUCGGACAACUCGUAUCCACGUGCUUACCAACGGACACAGACAUCGAUGUCACAAAAAUACACGAUGAUAAAGUCAAAGACAUGAGGUCUCAUCUCAUCAAGCUUUGUGGUGAAGCCGAAGGAUAUUUGGAGCAACACUUUUCCACAAUCAUAGGCUCUUUUGAAGACAACCCACUUAACCAUUUACACAUGUUUCCUUACUACAACAACUAUCUCAAACUAAGCGAACUCGAGUUCGAUCUCCUAUCUCAACACAUAAGCCAUGUCCCUACCAAAAUCGCUUUUAUCGGUUCGGGUCCGAUGCCACUUACAUCCAUCGUCUUGGCCAAGUUUCACCUUCCCAACACAACGAUCCACAACUUCGACAUCGACUCACAGGCGAACACACUCGCGUCAAGCCUCGUUUCUCGCGACCCUGACCUCUCUAAACGCAUGAUCUUUCACACGACUGAUGUGUUAAACGCUAAGAAAGGGUUAGACCAGUACGAUGUCGUUUUCUUGGCUGCUCUUGUUGGAAUGGAUAAAGAGUCAAAAGUCAAAGCUAUUGAGCAUUUGGAGAAGCAUAUGGCUCCUGGAGCUGUGCUGAUGCUAAGGAGUUCUCAUGGACUUAGAGCUUUCUUGUAUCCAAUCGUUGACUCUUGUGAUCUUAAAGGGUUUGAAGUGUUGACCAUUUAUCAUCCGUCCGAUGAUGUGGUCAAUUCGGUGGUGAUCGCACGUAAGCUCGGUGGCUCGACUGAAGCUCGUAACAGCGAGAUCGGACGGUGUGUAGUUAUGCCCUGUAAUUGCUCGAAGAUCCACGCCAUUAUGAACAGUCGUGGUACGAUGAAGAAUAUGAUCGAGGAGUUUGGUACCGUUGAGUAAACAAACACACGACUCUUUUCUUGAGGUAUGUGUUUAUGUUUUGCCCUUUUCAGUUUUGUGUUAAUGUUUUUGUGAUGUGUGUGAUAUGUUUGUAAGUACAAUAAGUUUUUGAAUUUUGUGAGUUAUUUGGUGUUCAUCAGUUUGAAGAACACAAAACCCUUAUUGUAUGUGCUUUUAGUUUAUUAAAAUCAAUAAUAAAUAAAUUUGAGAA